AUGUCCACUUCACGACGUUGUGGCCCGGUUACCGAUUUACACAAUGCUCAUACUGUUUCAACAUUGAUGAGAACAAUGACGACACCAACAUCAUCGUCAAAUUAUUGUCAUCGUCCUUUAUCACGAUCGAAAACGAAUUUAAAUGGAACACUUCCAUUUCGUUCAUCAAGUAUACAUCAGAUUGGAAAUCGUGAUCGAGAAACGGAACGACUUUGUCGUGUAUUUGAUGCUAGUCGUUCAUCUGAUUUAUUUACACUUGAAGCAAAACUAAAAAGUAAUGAGAAGGUCAUUACUCAUCAAAAUGCAGAAAUUGAGGCUUUACGUGAAGAAAAUCGUACAUUGGAACGACGUCUUCAAGAAUUAAGUGAUCUUAAACGUGAUUUAUCAAAUAAACAGUUUGAAGAACGUCUGAAAAAUGACGAUCUUCUUCGAGACCUUAAAGACAUUGAUCGUCUGGCACGAAAAGUUCAAGCCGAUAAACAAUAUACUGUUGAAGCAGCUGAUCGAGAAUUAACUGAAGCUAAAAUGGAAAUAGAACAAUAUCAUCGUGAAAUGCAAGCACUUGAUAAUAAAGUUCUUCAUUUAACAACAGACAAGAAAAAUUUAACUGAAGAACUUGAAACAACUAAAAAUCAAUAUGCUGAAUGCCACGAUGAACUUAUUCGUUUACAAGAACUUGUUGAUCGUAUACAAGCAGAAAAAACAAAACUUAGUCGACGAAUUUCGAAACUUGUUCAUAAUGAAAAAGAUUUAUUACAUGAAUUACAAAAAUGUCGUCGUAUAACAAAACCUGCAACUCCAUCAGCAUCAACUGGUUCAUUAACAAAGAAACUUACAAUUCCAGCUCGUAUUGAUAUACAUUUAAAAAAUGUUGAAGAUGAACGUGAUAUGUAUAAAAAUGAAGUAGAAAUUUUACAACGAUUACUCAAUGAACGUUCUCGUUGUUUAUCAUCAUUAUCACCUUCACGUUUAAGAGGUCGAUCAUUAUCACCAACAAAUAUUACACGUUUAACAGCUAAACGUGAUACGGCUAAAUCACCAGUUAUGCAAUAUGUGAAACGAUCAGCAAGCAGUUGUAAUGCAUCACCUACACGUUGUUGUGUAUGUGGAAUAAAUCGAAACCGAUUAUCACCAACAAAAGAUAUUUGUUCAUAUGAAACUCAAUUAAAAAAUCUUGAAGAAGAACGAGAUCGUUGUCGACGAGAACUUCGUAAAUAUAAACGAUCAGCAAAAGAAAAAGAUAUUGAUGACACUCAAUUAACGAAAUUAAUGCGAGAAAAUGAAGAUUUACAAUUAAUAAUAAAGAAAUUUGAACGACAUAUGGCAGAAAUUCAAUGUAGUAUAAAAGUACUUACUAACGAACGAGACAAUUUAAAUCUUCUCUACGAACAAACUAAAGAUGAAUUACAAAAAGCUCGUCAUGAACUUUUACAAAGUGUUCAAACACCUAAAGUUUCUCUUGCAGCUCAAUCAAUUUUACGUAAAGUUGAAUGUGAACGUGAUUCUGCUGCUCUCGAAGCAAGAACAGCAGCUAAUGAACGAGAUUGUUUACGCGAACGUUUACGUAUUAUAAGUGACAGUGGAUUAAAUGAACAAGCAAGAUAUGAACAACGUAUUGAAGAUCUUGAAGUUGAUUUACAAAAACUUGAUAAAGAUCGAGAAGAAAUUAUUCAACAAAAUCAUACAUUACGUCAACAAAUUAAAAAUUUAGACGAUAAACUGGAUCAGCAAUCUUUUACUAUUUCACACUUAAAUCAAGAAUUAAGUGAUCAAAAAAAUACAUCAUCACAAAUGAGAUAUUUAUCUGAAGAAGCGGAACGUCUUGUACAAGAAAAUCAAAGACAAUUAAAUUUAAAACAAGAAGAACUUCAUGCUCUGGAAGAUAAAGUGAUUAGACUUGAAAAGAAAAUUUAUGAAUUACAAGAAGCAAAUAAAGCUAUUAAAGAUGAUUUUCAUGUUGUACGUACGACUGUUCAAACACUCGAUAAAGAAAAAGAUCGUCUAUGUGCUGAAAUUGAUGCAAAAUCUGAAGAAAAUUUACGUUUAACACAAGAUAUCAAUUCUAAAACACGUCGAAUUGAAGAACUAACUAUGAUGGUAUCAGAAUUAAAAGCUGCAUUAGAUCAUUCAAAAGAUGAUGCAAAACAAAAAUUAAAAGAAAUUACAAAUAUAAGAUUACAACUUGAUCGAAAUCUUGAAGAAUUUAAUGAAUAUCGACGUAAAACUGAUCUUAAUGCAAGAGAUAACAAACGUUUACAAGAUGAUCUUUUAACACUUACACGUGAAAAUCAAACACUUCGUCAAGAACUUGAUCGUGAAAUUCGUGAUAAAGAUAAUCUCAAAUUACAAGUACAAGAAUAUAUCAAACAAGUAUCCAAUUGUGAAAAUGUUAUUACACAAAAGGAAAAUGAUCGAACAACCUUAGUGGAACAAUAUCGUGAAGCCAUUAAUGAAUUAAGUCGAGCACAAAGGACCUUAGAUGAUUUAGAAACACAAGCAAAUAAUCUUAAACAAGAAUUACAAAUAAAAACAGCUGAUAUAAAACGAUUAACAGCACAUAUUGAUUAUCUAGAACGAGAUCUACAACAACAUGUAUCAGUUGGUAAAGAAUAUGAAAUGCAAUUAUCAAAUAUGAGUCGUUCAUUACAACGUAGUGAAGAACUAAUAAAAAAAUUACAAACAGAUAGACAAAAUUUAUCAAACGAUUUUUCAAAUGUUCGUGAUUUUAAUUCAACAAUUGAAAAUAAAAAAGAACAACUUAUUCGAGAAUUAACAGCAAGAGACCUUGAAAAUGAACAAUUACAAUCGGCUAUAAGUGAUAUGAAAAUUGAAAUUGAUAUGUUACGUACACAAUUACAUAAUGAAAAAGCUGUCGUACAAAGUUUAGAAGAACUUAUUACAUCAUUACGUGACAAAGAAUUUCAAACACAACUUCAUGCACAAGAAAAAAAUACGGAUUUACAUUUAGCAAAAGAUCGAGCAAAUAUGAAUGAUCUUAAAAUACAAAGUCAAAGUAAAGAAAUAGCUGCUUUACGAACAGAAAUUAUUGGAUUAGAAACAGAUAAUAAAAGAUUGAGAAGUUUAUUAACAAAUGAAAGAUAUGAAAGAGAAAAAGCUGCUCAAGACUUAAGACAAUUAAAUGAUCUUACAUCACAUAUUGACUUUGAGUCUCGAUAUCGUAGUGCAUCACCUAGAAUAACAAGAUCUUCUUCCAAUACGAAUCUUCAUCGAUCACCGAUAAGAAGCUAUUCUCCAACACGUGUUGAAACACCCCGAACAUCACCUACUAAAAUCUCCAUAUCGCUGAAAGUUUCUGAACUUGACAAAAGUCAUGAAAUUGCUCCUCAAGUCGACGCCAUUGACAGAUCAUGCAGUUUACGUAUUGACACAACUCCAUAG